GGAGCGGGCGCCACGGUGGGGCUUGCGCUCCUGGCCGCGUCCGCCCUUCACGUCGAUGGGGAGGAGGCCGAGUCGGGUGAGCCGCCUGAGGGCGUGGUUGUGCCGAUCCCCCCCAUCGACAUGAGCUGCUUCUCCAAGAGAGGCCACCAGGUGGUGCAG